AUGGAAAUGGAUUCAGAUGGAUGGGAGAAGAAUGGAAAUGGAUUCAGAUGGAUGGGAGAAGAAUGGAAAUGGGUUCAGUUGGAUGGGAGAAGAAUGGAAAUGGAUUCAGAUGGAUGGGAGAAGAAUGGAAAUGGAUUUAGAUGGGAAAAAUUAAGGAUAGAUUCAGAUGGAACAAAGAAAGAUGGGAAUGAAUUCAGAUGGAUAGGAGAAGAAUGGAAAUGGAUUCAGAUGAAAAAAAAAAAACGGAAAAUAGACUCAGAUGGAAUGGAGUAG